GCAGAGAGAAAACGGACUCCAUUUUGUGUCCUUCUCGCUGUGUUUUUAAGAGGCAGUAAGCGGCAAGACAAUCUCUCCGAAGAAAAAACACAGAAAGGUAUGUUAAAAUUAAUGUGUGUGUACAAUUUAAAUGGACGUAACUAAUGUUAAUGCAUUAUUGCACUAGUAUUGCCAGUCGGAAACAAUGUAGUUAACAAGCUAAGGUUUGUUGUUUAUCUUGCGAUUGCAAAUGCAAUCACAAGGCCCAAAAUAUGCACGAUGACUGUGUCGCAGCUAGCUAACGUUAAGGUCACGAUAAAUGUUCGGUUUUGAUACCUCUCCGGGAUGACUAACGUUAUACAGGACUGCGCGGCUUUAUAUUUGUUUAUUUCUCUAAAAACGUGUCGACAUUUUAAAUUCUCCAAUUUGUGAACUAUGCAAUUCUAGUUAGCUGAAAUUGCUAAUGAUGUAGGUGUGCGCAGAAUAUAUUUCUGGUGUGCGCGUCUGGAGUUAGCUGCCACGAAGUUGUAACUACAUAAAUAUUUGUCAUCAAAAGGUUUUUUUCCCCUUCCUUUUACUGUUUUUGUUUUCAGAUAAACAUCCUACAUUCAGAAUGAGUGGCUGCCGCAUAUUUGUCGGCCGGUUGAACCCGUCCGCCAGAGAGAAGGACGUGGAGAGGUUUUUCAAAGGAUACGGCCGCAUCCGAGACAUCGACCUCAAGAGGGGCUUUGGUUUUGUUGUCAGUACACACACACCUACACAAUGUAUUUUCACACUGUAUUGUCCGUAGCUCCGGGCUAAGUGCAGUGUGAACGCGCAUACAGGCUUUAGUUUUGUGGUCAGUCCACACACAAUGACGCACAUGGCAUAAACCCUCAGUUACGAAAUCUACUUGCUAGCUAAUUUUUAUUUUGGCUAACUACAUGGUUUGGAAAACCUUGUAGAGAGGUCUAUAAUAGAUAGUCUGAAUGUUCUAAUAUGUUGUUCUCCAGGAGUUUGAUGAUCCUAGGGAUGCUGAGGAUGCAGUUUAUGAACUGGAUGGCAAGGAGCUCUGCAAUGAGAGGUAAAGCGGUGUUAUCGCUGGUCAUGAUGGAUAUUACAUAUCACCACGUUGGCCCAUAUAUCAAUAGUCCUUGGGUAUUAUAUGAAAAUGUAUGCACUCACUAACUGUAAGUCGCUCUGGAUAAGAGCAUCUACUAAAUGACUAAAAUGUAAUAACAGCCUUGCAAAGGCCUUUGUUCUGUGUCUUAAGGCCUCCCUCUCAUCUCUCCCCCCCCCCCUCUCCUCUCUUCUCUCCCCCCCCCGCUCCUCUCGUGCCCCCCCCCCCGCCUCAUCCCCCCCCCCCCCCCCCCCUCCCUCUCCCACCCCCAUCUCCCUCCUCUCCACCCUAUCUCUCCUCCCCUCUCCCCCCACACCCUUCCCCCCCCCCCCCCCCCCCCCCCUCUCCUCUCCCCUUCCACCCCCCCUCUCUCUCCCUCUCUCCCCCUUUCCCCCCCCUCUCUCUCUCUCUCAAUUCAAUUUCAAGUUAAGGGCUUUAUUGGCAUGGGAAACGUAUGUUAACAUUGCCAAAGCAAGUGAAGUAGAUAGUAAACAAAAGUGAAAUAAACAAUAAAUAUUAACAGUAAACAUUACACUCAGAAGUUUCAAAAGAAUAAAGACAUUUCAAAUGCCAUAGUAUGUAUGUAUGUGUGUGUAUAUAUAUAUAUAUAUAUAUGUGUUGUAACAAUGUGCAAAUAGUUAAAGUACAAAUGGGAAAAUAAAUAAACAUAAAUAUGGGUUGUAUUCUCUCUCAGGGUGACCAUUGAGCACGCCCGUGUGCGCCUGCGUGGUGGCCGGGGACGUGGUGGCGACAGAGGAGGUGGUGGAGGCCGCUUCCCAGAUCGCUACGGCCGUGGCUCCCAGGAUAGUCGGAGGUACGUGAACUUAAAUAUGAUCAGCUAGCCUCUUACGAAUCCCAGUGGGGACUUUCCACGCUCCUCGCUAACAGAUUCCAGAAGACUGAACUGUCCCUUUACAAGUGGACAUUUUAGACAAAAUAUCCCCAAGGAAAAUAUUAUUAAACCAACUUCAAAACGCAGCUUUCUGUGCUUUCAUGGUUUGUUUAUUCAUACCGAGGCACGCAUGCAUAUGCCAGGUGAUAGAAAUCUCAACGCCAGUACCAGCAUUUUAAAAAAAAAGUCUGUUUUAAUAAUACUUUCCUGUGGAUAUUUUGUCUCAAAUUUCCAUAAGGACCAACCAACCCAGUGGACAACCGGCAGAGUAAGUUCAAAUGGCAGUUUAUUCAACAUUCUGUCUAUACAAAGCACCUUUCGGAAAUUUGCAAUGGAUAUAAAGCCAACCUUAUCUAGGAGGCCAGCAAACUAUCAGCUCAGUGGGGGGCCAACACUGCUCUUCAGAUCAUCCAUUCUACUCCCUGUUGUAGUAUUUGAUCUGUUAUUUCUAGUCAGAAUCAUGGUCCCGUAUACAUGUAGCAUCUCAGAGUAGGAGUGUUGAUCUAGGAUCCGAUAAGCAUGUUAGAUUAUAAUGAGUGGACGGGGGGGGUGUGGACGGGGGGGGGGGGGGGGGGACACUGAUCCUAGAUCAGCACUGAGGUUCUCCUACUGUUUGUCUCUCCCUCCACAGCAAAAAGUAUUGGGCCAAUGGGUUUUAGCCCACUAAGGGAACCACGGUUCUAGAUCAUCUGCAAGGUUCUCAUACUGUUCUCGCUCUCUCUCCCACCACAGUAGGAACCCCCCGCCGAUGCGUACGGAGAACCGUCUCAUCGUGGAGAACCUGUCAUCUCGCGUCAGCUGGCAGGUGAGAUCCUUACCUGGGCGUGUCUACCCAUCUACCUUACCUGCCUGUUAGUAACAACACCAGGUGCUGAGUAAUCAGAGGGGACAAUGUUCGGCUUUAUACCUUAUACCUUCACUAGUGAUGAUCUCAAGGCAACUGCCUGGUUCACUCCAGGUAAAGACAAAUUCAUUCAAUCAUGUUUUUUACCUACAUUUAUUGGAGAGAAUGUGGUAAUAUUUAAUGGACUGAGAGCAAAUGCAUAUGAAAAUCAGCAGCACUAGCUAAAUGUGUUGUUGGGCUCAUUUCUCCUUACAAAGUAUUUAACUAUAAAGAGCUCUCAAUACAUAGCCUAUCCAGCUCUCUCCUGAGAGCUUCCAGUGAAAAUAACCAGCCAUAGCUAUUUGCUGCAUCUAAAGAAUGCAGUUUGAUUAGAUAUACAAAAGAGAGGAAAAACAAACUAAUUUGUCUGUUUUUAUUUAUUUAAAUUUUAACCAAUUCUUCACCCCUUUAUUUGCCAGCCUGACUGUUGUGUCGUUUGGACGAGAGCUCUUAUGGUGGAGUUAACCCAAUCAGGGUCCCUCUCUCUGGGUUGAGCCAUGUCGUGCCAGCCAGUGUGCCAGUCGGCCUACUCCUAGUUGGUAUCCUCCUGCUGGUCGUAUGAGUGCUUCCUCGCUUGGUUGGGGGUGAGGUCCCACCCCUCCCCGGGUCCCACUACCCACUCUGCUCUAGAAGCACUGGCGUGGCUGGCGGCCACUUCGCUCGCACUCGCUGCCCCCCCCCCCCCUGGUGGUGGGGGGGGGUUCAACGGCGGGAGCGCUGUGCUGACAGAGAGGGAGAAAUCGCAAACAGAGAGGCAGAUGGGCAGAAAGAGUCGAUGAUGGUGUUCAUGAUGAUGAUGGUGGUGGCUGGCGUAUUGGUCUGAUCCAUGGUGGUUCGUAAAUUUGAGAGGCUUCAAUCGAUCCAUAUCCCCCCCCCCCCCCCCCCCCCCCCCCAAUUACCCCCGUGUGCUGUGGUUCCGUCCGCACAUCGCGAGAGGUGCCCAGAGGUGGAUAAAAUCUGCUGAGCGAGGUCACGAGAGGUCAAGGUUGGAUCACGAGGUGCGAUCAAGGUGGUUAUGGUAUGAUGGACUAGGAGAGCCUGCUGCGGCCCCGCUCCAAGGGGGUCACAGGUAUUGGUUUCCUCUCUUCCUCUGUACUGAGACUGAGGGGGGUGCCGAGCCCUAGACAGGGUACCCGUCCCAGGCGUUAGGGGGCAGGGAGUCCUGUGCCCUCGGCUCCUAGCUAGCCAGAGACAACCUUAUUCAAUAUGCUGCUGAACACUGCUGCUCAUUCAGGCUGUUCUACUUAUCUUCAUGACUAUUCUGUGUAGUUGUUUUUAAAGAGAGCGGGGUCCAAGAAUGAAAAAUUUUAACUCCAAAUUCAAAGAUACAUUUUUAGGUCAACCAAACGUUUGUCUUUUAGCUUCCUCAAUUUUACAGAACCAAUUAGAGAUUAUUUUUUAAUGUUCUUCCGGGAAGACUUUAUUCACAUUUUCCUUUUGCCAAGCUCUUUUGGCCUCGCUGCAAACUAGUUUCUUAGGGAAGUGUGGCGUUUACGAACAGCUUCUGUCAAUUUGGCUGGUUACACACAUCAACAUGCACACACAGACCUAACUGGUAACUGGAACAACUCCUUUUUGAACACCAUGACUUUGUUGCUGGACCAGGCAGCCAGUCAUUUUGCUGAGAUCUCUGAGGUUCUUGGACCCCUCUCGUCAUCGGUUAGCCUCUAGUUCCUCCUAUGAUAUCUAACCUUUUCUCUCUUUGGUGAAUAUGAUGCAUUAUGAUGAGUCUGUUGUCCUGUUCCGGUCCUAACUUAGCCUGUCGUUGUGUAGGACCUGAAGGAUUUCAUGAGACAGGCUGGGGAAGUCACGUUCGCCGACGCCCACCGCCCCAAGCUCAACGAAGGGUAAGAAUAAAAGCCAUUCUGCCAGCUGUUCUUUCUGUACGUGUAGACUUGCCGACAUCCAUACUCCUCCUAAUAACUUUUUUACAUUAAACCACCAUGGCAGUUGUGUCCUACUGACCCCUUGUUUUGUCGUGUCGGUCUUCAGGGUGGUUGAGUUCGCCUCUUACAGCGAUCUGAAAAACGCCCUUGAGAAGCUGUCUGGCAAGGAGAUCAAUGGAAGGAAGAUCAAGCUGAUUGAGGCAGCAAAGAAGAGGUGAGUGGUCUGGAGAAUAAUCCCUUCUAGAUGUUUCUACUAGUGUUUCCUCUAAGUACCUGAGGAGGGCAGAAUACAUUAUCAGAGCAUUUGAAUAGGGCCUCAGUGACGUGAUAAGAGACGACUGAAUGUUGGUUUGACCUUUUCUCUUUCGUCUUCUCCAGGGGUUCCAGGAGUCGUUCCCGCUCCGAGAGCUCUUCUCGUUCCCGCUCCCGUUCUCGUAACCGUUCCCCGUCCCGCUCCAGGACCCCCCGUCGUUCCAGGUCCCACUCCCCCAAAUCCCGCUCCCCCAAGAGGGACUACAACCGCUCUCAUUCUCGUUCCCACAGUGGUUCCCCAGCCCCCCGUGGAGGCGCAGGUGGUGGCGCUGCCCCCGCCUCCCCACCCCCUAGGGCCAAAGAGACCUCCUCUUCCUCUAAACGGCCAUCCAAGCCCAGCAAGUCUGCCUCUCCCCACUCCCCUCCCCCUGCACAGCGUGCACCUUCCAGGUCUCGUUCCAGGUCUCGCGGCUCUCGCUCUCCGUCCACAGACAGCCGCCACUGAGUAUUGAGAACACACUGGAACACCUAACGCAGCAAUACACACAUUUUUAAAUGAACACACACACUAGUACAUAAAUACACUCACAUUCAGACAAAUUUGAACACACACUAACCCCACUGUUAUAUUAAGACUACAGGGCAGGAACUGUUUUACCCAGCGGUUCUGGCCUGGUGUCCCUGUAUUUUUCCUCAAUGUUUCCUCCCUCCGGCCCCGUCUCUUCUCUUUUGACAUAGCUGACCUUUUGACCUACUAUUGUAUGGUGGGUGUUCUCAGUAAAAGCAUCGCUCUCAAUGUGAACACAACGAGGGCUUUGUUUUCAAUUUGAGCAUUUAGUCUAAAACCUUCAGGGGGUUUGUUGGUUAUGUUUUUGUUAGUAUUUUUACUUGGAAUAAUGGAUGUAAUUCUUGGUAAGGUAUUACAUUUUUUUUUUAUAUCAUUCAACGCUCGUGUGGUGAUUCCCCUCUACCGGCUGUUGGUUGUCAGCUCUCAUAUCAUGAACUGUUGAGAAUUCAAGUUCCGUUCCAUGAUGGUUAUGAAUGUGAUUGGCUAAGGUUUUUGGGUUGAACCAUUCUGAUCACAGUGUAGGGGUGGCGUAAAGUAACGGUUUGGGAUUUGAUCAGUUUUUAUGCUGUGAUUAUUUUAUAGAAUGCCAUUUUUCAGUUUGGGGGGGUGUCAGAUUGUGAUCUUUUCUUUGUGGGGGCAGUAAAGAUGUUUUAUCAGUUAAGACACCUUGUGAAAACAUUGGUUGGCUGUGUUAUUGAACCCAUUUGUAUUGAAUGUUUAAACGGAGUGGUUACCUGUACCUGUACCUCUUCGUUUCUGUAAAGCAUUAUACAUGUUUCCUUAUACGAUUUAUUGUAAAGAAGCGUACACACAACCUAGAGAAUAGUUUGGAAAAUAAAACUUUUUUUAUGCUAAAGCAUGAAGUAUGAUUUUUUUUUUGCCCCCCAGUAUUCGAUAUGAGGGUUAUAUUUUGUAUUUAAUUGAAAAAGAACAAGACACAGCAAACGACCAAUGAAAACUGUUUUAAAUAAAGCAUCAAGACAAUUUCUAUGUCAGAACUUGAGAAUAAAGUAAACUUCCACAAAGAAUUGUGCCACUGUAAGAUGUUCUUAGUAAUUGAUCUAGAAUUUUUUUUUUGUACGUUUCUAAUAAAACAUAUUUAAAAAAUA